UAAAUGUCACCCGCAGCCGAGAGUUCCGGUGUUGCCCAAACGUUCACCAAACCUCAGAUCAUAGCGCACGUGGAAAAGAGUCUUGAUUUCACCUUGUAUGACGCUAAGUGGAUACCUAGAAGUGCCAGAUUCAUUGUCUUAGGAUCGAGGCCACGCGGAACUGGAACUCUACAAAUUUAUGAGCUGACAUCAGGUGCCGGAGAAGUAAAAAAAUUAACCGACGUUGAGAAGACGAAUUCUUUCAAAUGUGCAACUUUUGGUGCCUCCUCUCUUCAGCACAGACAAAUCGCAACGGGAGAUUUUAAAGGAAAUCUUCAAAUAUGGGACAUCGAGAAUCUUGGGAAGUCGCCAGUGUUUUCACACGAAAGUGCUCAUUCUGAAAUCAUCAACACUAUCGAUGGCGCCGGUGGUCUGGCACAGGAGGGCUCCCCUGAACUGGUGACUGGGGGAAGAGAUGGCGCAGUAAGAGUGUGGGAUACGAGGCAGACUGAGUAUCCGGUCGCCAGAAUGGAGCCCGUAGAAGGAGAGGCAAAACGCGAUUGUUGGGCUGUCGCUUUUGGUGACUCACACAAUGCGGAAGACAGAACAGUAGGAGCUGGAUACGACAAUGGAGAUUUGAAGUUAUUCGAUCUGCGCAAAAUGGCAGUCAGGUGGGAAAAGAAUGUCGGCAAUGGAAUCUGUGGCCUGGAAUUUGACCGCAAAGACAUAUUGAUGAACAAGCUAGUGGCCACUACUUUGGAGGCCAAGUUCUAUCUGUUUGACAUGCGAACUCAACAUCCCACCAAGGGCUUCGACAUGCUGACGGAGAAGGCGCACAAAAGCACAAUUUGGGCGGUGCGUCAUCUGCCCCAGAACAGAGACGUGUUUGUGACUUGCGGAGGAAGCGGCGGAAUUAAUUUAUGGAAGUACUCCUACCCCUCCUCGCGAGUGAAGGAGAGCAGCGAGGGGGUGAAGGAGGGAGUGGUGGGGACAGUGGAGAGUGUGCAGAAUGUGAUCAUGUCCACCCAGCCCAUCUCCUCCUUCGACUGGAGUCCAGACAAGACUGGACUGGCAGUGUGCACUGCAUUCGACCAGACAUUCAGAGUCAUCAUUUGCACGAAACUCAACACGCUCUAAACUACAGACAUAAUUGCAAAACGUUUGGAUAGACAGAAUUAAUUAAGAAUUUAGAUCGCAUUACAUAAUUCAGAAAAGUUUUUUUAUUUUGGUUUUAAAGAAGUUUGUUUGUCUCGAAAUGUUAAUUAAUUCAGUCAAUCCGACUUCGUUGCAAUUUAUUAUGGCACGUGUCUGAAAAGAGUGACGACCCUUCGAGUUGAAUGGACGCAAAGUAUGUGGAUGUUGAAAUAAGUGAAGUGAUGUCUUGUUGACAUUAUUGGAUGAAGCUUUGUAUCAUUGAACUUGUAUCAUUGGACUUGUUCGUGGUGGUGUGUCUGUUUCAGCUUUUGGAACCAUUGACAGUUUGCUAGAACAUUUUUAGUCGAUUCUACCAUAUCAUUGUGAAAAUUGUCUUAGCGCUGAUUUGUAAGCUGUUAGAUAGUCUGUAUAAAAAAAUUUAAUAUUGAUUACUGCAGACUUGACAUUUUGCUUAACUUAAUUUGCAAUUUAAUGUCUGCCACGUCUUAUUGUUCAUUUUCAUGUUUAUCAUAUCAAUUGUACUUCGUCUUUUUGCAGAUGUAAAUAAACGCGUUGUUCAUUUGUAAAUAUG